AUGGACCAAACUUUAUCAGAGUUAAAUGGAUCCGCUGUGAUAGAUUCUCAUGGCCGAGUUGUGGAGAUAAUUUGUCGACGAAAUCAUGGUAAUCAUGCUUUCUCCAUAUUUCAAGGUGCUAAUCCUCUUGAUUUUUCCUUCACCACUCUCCUCUUAGAAAUGUCUUUAGUUCUUAUAUUAAGCCAAUUAAUGCGCUUCCUCUUGAAGCCUCUCAAACAACCUAAAGUCAUCUCCGAUAUCCUUGCGGGCAUAAUCCUUGGACCGUCAGUGCUAGGUCACAAUGAUAACUUUGCAAAGAAUGUAAUUCCAGAGAACUCACGUUACGUAAUACAAAAUAUCGGGAUCAUAGGGUUCAUGUUUUUCUUGUUUGUGACCGGAGUAAAAAUGGACUUAGCUGUGAUCUUCAAAGCAGGAAAGAAGCAUUGGGUGAUUGCAUUAUCCGGGUUGAUAAUUCCCCAUAUCAUUGUAUGGGUUGUAGCGAUUUGCAUCCGCGACUACAUGGACCCUGAGCUUCGGAAAUACUCUUCUAUUGGAGGUAUAGUUUCAGCAAUAAUCAUCACAACAUUCCCGGUUAUAUACUCAAUUCUAAGGGAUAUGCAACUUUUAAGCUCGGAAAUUGGACGUGUUGCCUUAACAACCGUGAUCAUAAGUGAUGCUGUGGGGAUAACUGUGAUUAUCGCGUUUGAAGCUGUUAAACAAGGAGAAGAUAAAGGGAUAAAUGCGUUGUAUUAUAUAUGUACGGUAGUUGGGAUUAGUGGGUUAGUAAUUGGUGGAAUUCCACAAGUUAUGCAAUGGAUUAAUAGGCAAACUCCUGAAGGUAAACCUGUGGAUCAAAAAUAUAUUACUGCUACUUUGCUAGGAGUUUUUGUGAUUGCCUUUACAACUGAUUUUAUUGGUGCUGCAAUUGGAAAUGGACCUCUUUGGCUUGGACUAGCCAUACCCGACGGACCGCCAAUUGGGGCUACUAUUGUGCAUAAGAGUGAGGUUAUUAUGAAUGACAUUCUUAUGCCCUUUGCUUAUGCAACUAUUGGGCUUAAGACGGAUAUUUUUGUAAUGAGUGAAUGUUGGUCUUGCUUAACUCCUCUAUUUGCUUUGGCUACUAUGGCCAUAGUGUCGAAGCUUGUUUCGGUUGUUAUGGCAGCACGGUUUACUGACAUGUCGUAUAGAGAUUCGCUUGCUAUGGGCUUUAUGCUUAGCCUUAGAGGUCAAACAGAAUUUCUUCUAUAUCUUCAUUGGACGGACUUAAAGAUCAUAAAAACGCCAUCUUUCUCAUUGAUGGUGAUCCUAACAAUCAUAGUAACAGGCAUAUGCAGCCCUAUAAUUGACUUCCUUUAUGAUCCAACACGACCAUAUAUGAUCAACAAGAAAAGAACCAUACAACAUACAGUGCAAGAGUCUGAACUUCGAAUCCUAGCAUGCAUUUAUGACCAAGAAAGUGUGGCUAGCCUAUUUAGUCUCUUAGACUUUGCUAAUCCAACUUCAAGCAACCCAUUUACGGUAUUUGCUCUUUACCUUGUCGAACUACUUGGGCGAGCAGCCCCAGUGUUUAUCGACCACACAAAGCAAAACGAAGAUUAUUGGGAUACCAACAAUGAAGCUAUCCACAAUGCCAUCAAGCUCUACGAAGAGGCUCGGACAGACUGCAUUUCCAUGAAUUUUUUUACAAGUAUUACCCCUCAACGAACCAUGUACCAAGAUAUAUGUGAGAUUGCCUUGUUGAACAAGGUAGGGUUUAUUAUUUUACCUUUUCACAAAAAAUGUAUUGAAGAUGGAAAUGAUUUUUCAACUGCCAUACUUAGGCCGGGUGUACAAUCUGCUAAUGCUAACACGUUGUCACAUGCACCAUGCUCCGUUGGAAUCUUAGCAUGCAAGAAUGCCGCUGCAUGGGGGUCACUCCCAACUCGAUCAAGCAACUGCAUACAUCGUCAGUUUGCCAUGUUAUUCCUUGGUGGACCUGAUGCCCGUGAGGCCCUCUCAUUGGCGGAUCGUAUGGUGGAACAUCCCGACGUGUCGUUGGUUGUGGUUCGAUUCUUGGCAAGUGAGUAUAAAGGGGAUGAUGAAUCCGAGAGGAAGUUGGAUGAUGGGGUGGUAACUUGGUUUUGGGUCAAAAAUGAGAGGAAUGACAAAGUAGUGUACAAGGAAGUUGUUGUGAACAAUGGUUUUGAAACUGUUUCGGCGGUACAAUCAUUGAAUGAUAGUGUUCCAAUAGAUCUUUGGAUUACCGGAAGGAAAAAUGGAAUUAAUCCAACCUUGUUGGAAGGAUUAUCUGAAUGGACUGAUAAUCCUGAAUUAGGAUUAGUAGGUGAUUUUUUUGGUAUCAAUCGAUUUUAA